AUGAGAGAUAAAAAGUUUAAUGAAGAAAGCGAAUAUGAUGAUUCGCCCGAGGAAGAUGAAGACAAUGAUGAUGAAGAAACAAACAUGCUGAAUGACGAAGAAGAGUUUAAUGAAGAUAAUGAAUAUGUUGAUUCGCCCGAGGAAGAUAAAGACAAUGAUAAUGAAGAGACAAGCAUGCUGAAUGACGAAGAAGAUCCAAGCGACGCGAAAAGGUCUCGUAUUUUUAACCCCAAAUGUGGGCUUAAAAUAUAUAACCGCAACAGUCAGCGGUGCUGUGUAGGAAAAGUCAUCUACAACCCUUUACAACACACAUGCUGUGGCGGACGCAUCGUACCAAAGACACUUGCCUCAACCUUGUGUUUGAAACGUUCUCGUUGCGGUCAGUCCUUCUACAGUCGUAAAAGCCAAAAGUGUUGCUACAAUCAACUAAUUCCAGUGGGCGUCAAGUGUUCCAGGUUGCGCUGUGCAAACAUCCAUUAUAUUUCCCACCACCAACAAUGUUGCAACGGCCGUGUAAUUCCCAAGACUUCCCAGUGUAUACCAGUGACGAAGCGAUGUGGUAGGCUAUCUUAUGAUCCACAGGGUCAGAAAUGUUGCCGUGGUCAAAUACUUCCAAUCAAAGUUCCCUGCUCUAGUCGGCGUUGUAAAAACGUCGUCUACGUUUCUCACACUCACCAAUGCUGUAACGGUCGAAUCAUUCCCAAGAGUGUUCCAUGCAAUCCAUCUCCAGCAACAGCCCAAUGUGGUGGCUUUUUCUUCAGCCGGCAGACCCACAGAUGUUGCUUUGGUCAAAUAGUGUCUCUCCAAGUGCCGUGUACCAGACUGCCUUGUGGGCAAGCUUACUAUGUCCCUCAAACCCAACGAUGCUGCCAUUCUCGCGUCAUUCCCAGAGCAGUACCUUGCCCUCAAUUUCCUUCUCCGUUCCAAUGCGGUGCAUUCUCGUAUAAUCCACAGACCCACAGAUGUUGCUUCGGUCAAAUAGUAUCCCUCCAAGUUGGUUGUUCCAGACUGGCAUGUGGACAAGUGUUCUACGUUCCUCAUACCCAGCAGUGCUGCAGUGGUCGAGUUAUUCCCAAAAGUGUUCCAUGCCACCCAUUCCUGACACCUGCCUUGUGUGGUGGUUAUCAAUUCAAUCUGCAAACCCACAGAUGUUGCUUCAAUCAAAUAGUUGCUAUCAACGUCCGUUGUACCAAACUGCCUUGUGGGCAAGCCUACUAUGUACCCCAAACUCAUCAAUGUUGCAACCGCCGUGUCAUUCCUAGAGCUGUACCUUGUACCCCAUUCCCUACUCCGUUCCGAUGUGGUGCCUUUUCCUACAAUUCACAGACCCAUAGAUGUUGCUUUGGCCAAAUAGUUUCCCUCCAAGCUCGUUGUACUAGACUGCAUUGUGGGCAAGGCUAUUACGUUCCUCAAACUCAACAAUGCUGCAAUUCUCAAGUCAUUCCUCAGUCGAUACCCUGCAUUCCAUCUCCGAAGCCCUUCCAAUGCGGUGGCUUAUCCUACAAUCCACAGUCCCAAAGAUGCUGCUUCAACCAAGUUGUACCCCUCCAAACUCCCUGUACCAGACUGCCUUGUGGACAAGGCUUCUACGUUCCUCAUGCCCAACAAUGCUGCAACAAUCGAGUCCUUCCCAGAACCGUUCCUUGUACUCCAUUUCCGACGCCGCUCCAAUGUGGUGCCUUUUCUUAUAAUUCACAGACGCACAGAUGCUGCUUUGGCCAGAUAAUAUCUAUCAACGUGCCGUGUAUCAGACUGCUUUGUGGACGAGGCUAUUAUGUUCCUCAAACCCAAAAAUGUUGCCAUUCUCGUGUCAUUCCAAGAGCUGUACCUUGCACUUCAUUUCCCACUCCGUUCCGAUGCAGUACCUUCUCUUAUAAUCCACAGACCCACAGAUGUUGCUUCGGUCAAAUAGUACCCCUCCAAGUUGGUUGUUCUAGACUGCCAUGUGGACAAGUGUUCUACGUUCCUCAUACCCAACAAUGCUGCAAUGCCCGAGUCAUUCCCAAGAGUGUUCCGUGCCAUCCAUUUCCAAUACCAACCUUGUGUGGUGGCUAUCAUUACAAUCUGCAAACCCACAGAUGCUGCUUUAACCAAAUAGUUGCUAUCAACGUCCGUUGUACCAAACUGCCUUGUGGGCAAGCCUACUAUGUACCCCAAACUCAACAAUGUUGCAACCGCCGUGUCAUUCCUAGAGCUGUACCUUGUACUCCAUUCCCUACUCCGUUCCGAUGUGGUGCAUUUUCCUAUAAUCCACAGACCCAUAGAUGUUGCUUUGGCCAAAUAGUUUCCCUCCAAGCUCGUUGUACUAGACUGCAUUGUGGGCAAGGCUAUUACGUUCCUCAAACUCAACAAUGCUGCAAUUCUCGAGUCAUUCCUCGGACGAUACCCUGCAUUCGACCACCGACGCCCUUCCAAUGCGGUGGCUUAUCCUAUAAUUCACAGACCCACAGAUGCUGCUACAAUCAAGUUGUACCUCUCCAAUCUCCUUGUACCAGACUGCCUUGUGGACAAGCCUUCUACGUUCCUCAUACCCAACAAUGCUGCAACAAUCGGGUACUUCCAAGAGGCGUACCUUGCACUCCAUUUCCGACGCCGCUCCAGUGUGGUGCCUUUUCAUAUAAUCCACAGUCCCAUAGGUGCUGCUUUGGCCACAUAGUGUCCAUCCAAGUUCUUUGUACCAGACUGCCUUGUGGACAAGCCUAUUACGUUCCUCAAACACAACAAUGCUGCAACUCUCGAGUCAUUCCUAAAACGGUACCUUGCAUUCCAUUCCCGACAAAGUUCCGAUGUGGUGGCUUUUCGUAUAAUCCACGGACCCACCGUUGUUGCAUGGGUCAAAUAGUAUCCAUCCAAGUCCAUUGUACCAAACUCCCUUGUGGACAAGCCUAUUACGUACCUCACACUCAACAGUGCUGCAACUCUCGAGUCAUUCCCAAAGUGGUGCCUUGUCAACCUAAUCCCAACCCUCUGGCUUGUGGCAAUACCAUCAUCAAUCCUUCUGUCCAGCAGUGUUGUCAUGGUACCACUGUGGCGCCUUUGAGGUCAACUUGCGUGAAGUGUGGCACUUCAUAUUUCAUUCCCUUUGGGUAUCGAUGCUGCAACAGCCGAAUUCGUCCUUCGUCCUUCCACUGUCCUGUGCCUCUUCCCUUGCGAUAGAGAAGGGAUCCUGAACCCUAUUAACUUAGAAUUUUUGCCAAAUAAUUAAGUUUGAAAAAGUUUUAGGAUAAGAACGAAAAGACAAGCAGAAAAUCAUUGUAUAAGUAAAUAUUAAUUGCCUUUGAUACAAACGCUUGGGUGAAUUGCUGACUUGUUACUGAUCUGGAUCAUAUGAGUUAUGUAAAGUAAACAGAUGCAAUCUCUGUGACAUUUCUGAAUUAGAAAGUAAACAUGAACUAUAAUUCAAGCUCAUAAGACUCUCACAAAGCAAGCUGAGAAAGGUUUUAAUCAAUAUUCAGAUUAUCACAAAUGAAGUAUCACUGGCACAAAACUAGAGUAACAAAAACAAUUAAGUUUAGCUGUAGUUCUCCACGUCCGAAGGAAUCUUUUCGGUUGUAGAUGUUCACGUUGAAAGUAGCUCUUUCUUUAAGGGAACAUGUGUUUACGCUGUAUCUUAUCCGAUGGGCAAUGCUUUUGGAGGGCUGAAAAAAGCGCGAAAACUAAUACAGAAUUUAAUCAUUGUCACUUUAGGAAAAUCAUGAAUGUAACUGUCAUCAGUAAGAAGUAAUACUAUUUCUUUAUGUAGACAAGAUACUAUGAUCUAGAUCGAAGUCUCUUGCUGGAAGUUAUUAGACUUUGCAGUCGACUACAUCUUCUGUUGGUGAAGUAAGUGAGAUGAUUAAUAAAGAAUUUUUCUGGAACAA